CAGAAGUGAAGUAAGUAGCCACUGCAAGUAGCAAAGCCGACGAGACAGGAAGCUGAGGAAGCGACGUUCGUCGCGAAUUUAUUGGUCUCCUUUAUUUGCGAUUGGCAUACGUAUCUGGCACCAUGAGUAACGCUGAGGAAUCGUUAGUAGCUGGUCUCGUGUAUAACUAUUUGUUAAAGAAAGAUGCAUCGUUGGCGGCGGUUUUCCAGAAGAAGACGAAAGCGCCUCUCCUGCGAAAAGAAUUUCCAACAUUAGUGGAAGUAAUUAAGUAUUUCCAAAAGAACUCUCCCAAAAAGAUCCCAUUAAUAACACAAGUAACUAAGGAAAGCAGUUCGGAUUCGAGCUCGGAAAGUGAAGAAGAAACAGAAAAAAAUGCACAAGUUAAUGGCAAAGUGGAGACAGUAGCUCUUAAAAAGAUAGCGGAAUCUUCUUCGGAAGAUUCUAGUGAAGGUGAAGAUAUUCCAGUACUAACUCCAGAAAUAAAGAAAAUAAAUUCUCUCCCCUUUCUUCUGCGGGAAGAAAAGGAGAAUUAUGAAAAUGAUCUAAGUUUUCGAGCGAAAGCAGCUGGAACAAUGAUGAAAGCUUUUACUCGAUUAGAGGGUAAAAUAUCUGAUUCAUCUGAUUCAACUUCCAAUGAUUCAUCUUCAGCGAGUCCUGACGUUCAAAUGGUAAAUUCAAAAACUACCAAACAGUUAGCAAUGAAGACAUCCACACCCAUAACGAAUGCACCUUCAAAAACACAAUUACAAAAACAGAAUAAAUCAGCAACACUGGUUACAAAUAAGAGCAAAAGUCGUGAUGUAGCUGCAUUGAAUGAGAAUGUACAGAAAAAACCAGUUCUCAGUAAAUCUACAGUGUCAGCAAAACAAACUGCCAUGGAAGAAUCUUCUAGUGACGACGAUAGCAGUGACGAACAGCAGUCCGUUGAGAAAUCAACUUCGUCAGCAACUGCUGUGCAAAAAGAUUCUUCUUCGAGCGAAGAAGAGAGCAGCGAAGAGGAACAUAAGGCAAUCGUAACAAAAACUGCUGCAACUUUGAAGACACAAAAUCAGAAUAAGCCAGCGCCAGCAAAAGCAAUUAAAAAAUCAGAGUCGUCAUCGAGUGAAGAAAGCAGCGAUGAAGAAGAAACGCCCCAAAAAGCUCCCAAUAAACCAGCUGCACCAGUAAAAUUAACUACCAAGAAAGAGUCUUCAAGCGAAGAUAGCGAUGAUAGCGACGAUAGCGAAGAAGAGCCUGUUAAGAAACCAACUUCAGUAGCCACUACCAAGAAAAUAACUCCGGCAAUUGCUGCUAAGAAAGCAACUCCGGCAGUCGCCGCUAAGAAAACAAAAUCUUCCUCGAGCGAAGAAAGUAGCGAAGAUGAAAAACCUCCUAUUAAAAAACCAGCUCUCACUAAUCAAAGUACUGCUAAUAAAAUUAGUUCUGUAAAGAAAGAUUCAUCAAGCGAGGAUUCAGAAGAUGAAUCCGAUGAAGAAGAAAAAUCAGCAACAAUGAUAGUAACGAAAGCAGCACUUGAUAAAACGCCAAUUAUUACUAAUCGAAAUACUAAUAAAAUUAGUUCUAUAAAGAAAAAAGUUUCAUCGAGCGAGGAUUCAGACGAUGAAUCUGAUGAAGAAGAGAAACCAAUGACAGUGGCACCUAGUAAAACGCCAGUUCUCGCUAAUCAAAAUACUGCUAGUAAAAUUAGUUCUGUAAAGAAAAAAGAUUCGUCAAGCGAGGAAUCAGAGGACGAAUCUGAUGAAAAAGAGAAACCAACGACAACAGUAGUAUCGAAAGUGGCGAUUAGUAAAACACAGAAGAAGAAGGAAUCUUCUAGCGAAGAUUCAGAAGAUGAUUCGGAAGAUGAAGCACCAACAACAGCACCAGCCAAGACAAUCGCCAAAAAAGAAUCCUCGAGUGAAUCUGAUUCAGACUCCAAUAACUCCAAUAAAGAGAAGAUGAAAGUUCACACACCAGCUGAGGUCAACAAGGGACAAAAAAGGAAACACGCUGAUAAUGAUGAAGAAAAAACACCAGCAAAAGCUGCAAGAAAUAGCUAUGGCAACUUUGUGAAAGCUAAUAGUAGCUUCAAUGGAAACAAGUGGCAGAAAAAUCGUACAUAUCAGCGUGUGAAAAGUGAAGACAUCAUAUUGGAUCCUAAGUUGGCUAAUAAUUCGUUUGAAGCAAAGAAAGGUGCAAGAGGAUCAUGGGGGGAACGCGCUAAUGAAGUAUUGAAGUUUACAAAAGGCAAGAAGUUUCGACAUGAGAAGCAAAAAAAGAAGCGUGGUUCUUACCGCGGUGGACACAUAGAUACACAUGUUAAUUCCAUUAAAUUCGAGGAUUAAACAAUUACACUUCGUAAUUUUUUUUAUUAUUUUCACCAUAUUUAAAUCAGUAAAAUAAUUAAUAAAGUUUAAUACUGACUUAUACUGUAAACAUGUAUGCUAAAAUAUAUAAAACAAUUGUUGUCUAAGAUUUUAAAGAAAAGACGAGAGAUUAUAACGAAUUCGGUUGAUAUAUUCACUUAUUUAGUCACAUAAAUUGAAGCUGCUAUUAAAUAUACCAAAAUCGUAUAGAAUUAUAUAAUGAAACUUGGAAGCUAAAAUAAAGUAUGUAGCACAAUUAGUGUAUUUGACAAAAUAUGUGUAAUAUUUCACUGACAAGAGAAUGUGCUACAUUGCAAAAGUGAUUUUAAAAAAAUUAACAUCAGUCGAAAGAUCACAUUUGAAAUAGAUACUCUAGAUGAUCAAAUUUUGCAAUCCUAUGAAUUCUAUAUCCGACAAAGGUCGAAACAUGUUCGGCUAUUUUAACUUAAAUACAAAAUAUCUCGAGAACAAUGCAUUUUUGAAAAAAAUGUUUCAAAUAAGAAUUGUAAAGUUUGAAAAGUACCAUCAGAUGAGCUAUCAAUUUGUGUGGAAUCUUAUUGGAUUCAACUACAUUAUUUUUGAGAUAUUUUGUCUCUAAACAUGGUCUGGCUCAAGUCAGGUAUAGUAGAAUCCAUGGGAUCCCAGUAUUUGAUCAUCUAGAAUACUCAUUUCAAAUGUGAUUUUUAAAAAUACUUUCGGUUAAUAAAAUUAGUUUUGUUUAUAUCAAUUUUGCAAUAUAGCACGUUUUCUUAUAAACUAGAUAUUUUAUGUUACAUUAUAAUUCUACAUAAAUAACUAUAUACUUUUAAUCUGUACUAUUAUAUACUUUUAAUCUGUACUAUUAUUAUACUAUUUUUUCAACCGAAUUUGCUAUUACUCGACAGAAUGUUAUUAAACACGUUGUAUCAAAUCAUACACUUAAAAAACCCACAUUUUAUUUCCGCAAUUAUUAAUUUGCAACGUUCUAUGUAUAUGUUCUAUGUAUGUUACGAAAAUGUUAAUCUUAUCAAAGCAGUUUGCAAGUGCUCGCAAUACGAAAAUGUUUUUGAAUACAUUAUAAAUUACAUCAUAACGAA